CGAGCGUGAGGGUCAAGUUAUCUCUUGUCUUGUCUUCUGCUUGGGUACAGCCCAAGGGGAGGCGUGAGUUCACCACAAGGGAAAGAACUAGAGACAAAGGAACGAACAACGCCAACGAGGCAUCAUGUCCGCGACGUCCACGCCCGGGAAGCGGGAGGGCAAAUCGCUGACAAACAUCACGCGGCAGUUCAUCCACAUCCUGAAGAACCAGCCAGACCGCCGCAUGUCCGUUGCAGACGUCGAGCAGCACCUGGAGAACCUGGGCAUUCAUUUCUCGCGUCGCCGAUUGUCGGAUGUGGUCAAUGUCCUGGAGGGCAUUGGCGUGAUCCAGCGUCUGCAGGUGCAGCCACGCGUGUACCACGUGCAGCUGGUGGCCAACACCUCCGAUCCAGACUUUGUCUCAAAGAAGAACCGGCUCAACGACGAGGUGCGCGCACUGUCACAGAAGGAGCGCGAGCUGCACGAUCUCCUCACACAGUCCCUCAACGCGUUCAAGGCCCUCAAGGACCACCCAUCUGCCCGCACCAUUUCCGCCUCCGACCUCCUGCAAGUCGACAAGCUGCGCAACGGCCUGUCCUUCUUCAUUCCUUCCGUGGACAACAUGCAUCUCUCCGUCAACCUCGACAUGGAGAACUUCCUCGCAGACCAAGGCCUCAAUUGCGUGCGCGCGCGUUACACUGACCCGUUCACCGUGCAAGGGUUUGUGCUCGAUGACGACUUUCUCGGCAUCCCAGCGGCAUCAGCAACAGCAGCAACAACAACCGCAACUGCAGCGAUACCAGGCGCAGCAGCAGCAGCAGCAAGCAGGGCGGCUGUUACAAGCAACCUGCCCGUGUUACACACCCCUUCAAUGCCUCCAAGCGCUCAGCAAGACGCGGGUGUGCCCGGCGCGGAGUUGGAGGCUGAGCUGCGAGGCGAACUGGGCACUGCGCCGGAGACCUGCGUGGAGGCGCACGGCACACGCGGCCCCGUUGGCGAUACAAGUGGUGACGACGACGAUGGCGACAACGGUGAGCUGGCGGCGAAACGGAGCAAGCGCACCGGCGACCGCGCAGGAACAACAGCGGCAUCGACGCAGCAGCCGCUGUGGCGAGGGGUCAUGACGCCGUCGAGCAGGAGAGGGCCGUUGUUUGAGUUGAAGUGCAAGCAGGACGAGCUGCCUUACACCAUGGUCAUGAGCCCAUCCACGACACUCUCAGACCUUCUUGGCUUUGACUAGUAUUGCGUGCAUGUGGUGUGUGUGUGCAUGGUGUGUGUGUGUGUGUGUGUGUGUGUGUGUGUGUGUGUGUGUGUGUGUGUUGCAUUGAUGGAUACUGUUGACAGAAACGCCAUGCAUCUUUUCCUUGCUUGCUUGUGUACACAUUAUGGCUGUUGCACAACUCCUAUCCUUCUCCCUGUUACAUGAUCGAAACGUUUUCGCCUGCGUGCACCAGGUCAUCGUCACUUCUGCUGUUUCAGUUGCAGAUUUUUUUUUUCAUUGCAGGUGCAUAACUGGCUCGUGUGCUUGUUGCGCCUCAUCGUUGGCGUGUACGUGUGUCAAUGGUUUCUUACAUUUGCAGCGCCCAAACACCAAACGGAGGCGCGCGUGUAUGGUCGUUGAUUACAUUACACUGCCACAAGUCAUGCGAGACAAGCACGCCAACGACAAAAAGCAACAGUCGACAAAC